GCCAGCAAUCUUGCAGGACCGCCGUUCCUGAAGACAAGUGUUAAUCAUCUGUAGCGAGAUGGCUGGAAAGCAAGGCCCCACAGGUGCAGGAGUACGGCCUCCACACCCUGCCAUCCUCGCUGCAAGAGGCGAGAGGCAAGAGUCUCCACCGCCAGUGCUGCAGCAUGGGGCGGCAGCGGUGCCAGAUAUUCCCGGUCCGGGACUGCUUGCCCAAGAUGCUGGCGCAGGAUCUGCAGCUCCAGCGGUGCCCAAACCUACAGACGCGCUUCUCACGCCGCCGCUGCAUGAGCAUGCCCACCUGCUGGCGGGUGCAGCAGGCACCAUGGCCGCUGCGCACCGGGCCAAGACUUCGAAGCACAAGACUGCAGGCCGGGAGCACCGGGCGGGGGCCAAGCAGAUAAGGGCAGUUGCAGCCGUUCCCGAAGAGGUCGAGCAGACGGACGAGCACCUACGCGUGUUGCCUAUGACUUUCGAGUCGCACCACGCGGUCGCUGCUGAAGACCAGCCUCAGGCAGGGCAACAGCAGCCGCCACGCCAAAGCCACGGCCGCGGCCCGUACGCUCGUCCUCGUGCCCCGCCUCCAGUGUGGCGGCCUUGGCUACCGCUGCAACGUCGGCCACCGUCGUUGUGGGCACCCGCAAUGAGGGCGCCACUGGAGAAGCCAACCCUGUACUCGGGCAGCGCCAGCGCGGUCGUGGUGCAUGACUACAUACAGCCGCCUCCCCAGCAGCAGCAGCAGCAGCAGCGCGCAGGCGUAGUUCGUGUAGAGGAAAGUGCCGUGGACCUUUUCUGCGCUGUUUACAUGAUCGCCGUGCUCAUAUUCCUUCUGCUCUGGCUCUACCUGGCCAUUAGCGCCACCUUCCGGAGAGGGCGAAGCGUGGCCGCCAUCGCGGAAUUCUCGACGACGGACGCUGACGAGCGGGAACUGGAGAUGUUGCUCGGUGCCGAGGAGGCCGCUGCCACGACCGAGUCCGUGGCUCGUCACAACGUGUCGAAUGCGUCGGACCAACACAGCAGCGCCGUCAUAACUGCCACUAUUUAGACUUGUUGUACGAAGUUAUACCGGAGCUCAGUCUUUACUCGACGCUCUUACGGAGCAAUAUAUCUGGAGCAGCGCAUCGUACCACUCUUUACUACUCCUAUUCUUAUCUAACCUUUCUGCUUAAUUUGGUGUUGACUUACUUUGUCCUCUCUUCUCUUCUCCAUUGACGUUUGUCCUCUUUCUUGACGUUUGUCCUCUUUCUCCAUUGACGUUUGUCCGCCGACCGGUAGGACAGUCGCAAAGACCGCGAGCUGCACUCCUCUAUUCAUUCACUUAAAACAAUAAAGGACGUGGGUCCAUCUGGUUAAUUUGUGGUCUACGUGAUGCGUAGCAAUAUUUACAUACAAAAUGAAGGAGGAGACGCGUUCUUCAUUGCGUACUUGAAUUCAAGCCCAGAGAUUAAACAAUUUCGAUGUUUUCUUCUAUUUUGUCAGCGCUAGGAGCUCAAAGUUAGUUUUCCAGUGAUCGGUCUUAACUUGUUCAGUAAGCUCAUGGUGUAGAGGCUAUAGCUUUUUAGAGGUAGGCUUGGACUUCCCAGUGUAGGUACCUAUUUGAGACUCCGUCUUUUGCUGCAAUAAUGUCGGCAGUCGUAAGCUUUAAUAAUUAUUCCGGCCAAAUGUAGGCGAAAUAUUGUUAUUGUAGUUAAUCUUGGCUAUUCUUUAGAGCAGCAAGUGUAUUCGCGUAGGGCCGCAGCCGCAACUAUUGCGCCUCAAUAAUGAUAUCGAACACAGUCGCCCGACGAAAGCGACGACGACGAACAGACGCACCGGCAAGCUAUGAAUAGGGCUGGCCUGCAUGUUGAUUUGGAGGGACGCAUUAAACUUGCUCGACACAGGCCGCUGUAUGCAGCGCUGGAAACUCGUGAUACAACUACGGCAUACGUUACUGUGGAGCGUGUAAUUCUCCUGAAUAUCGCAGAAGAGCAUGUAGUUUCCUGUUAUAGUUUCAUGUUAUAAAAAUUGAAUUUGUGAUAAGUUCUGAGGAGUUCAGAGGAGUUCAGAGAAAUUGAUAAGUUCAGAGGAGUUCCGCAAGGUUCCAUUCUUACCCCCAUUUUGAUGCUUAUAUAAUUUUAGCUUCAUUGUAGGAUCACGUACAAGUGUGUCUUUACGCAGACGGAGUUGCAUUCCUUGCGUCAGCGAGUGACAU